GCGUAUAUCAGUCUCCACGCGUUUCGCCUUCAAUUUCUCUCUCUAAAUUAGUCCAGUCUCUCCACGCUACACGUCUUGGACUCUUUCUCACUUUAUAUAUACGUAUAUAUAACGGAUAUGUACUCCACAAUGUAUAAGUAUACACGUUCAUGUAUAUGUAUAUAGCUGCGUGCGUAUUCAGGUAUUCAUAGACCACCGCCAACAGUGGCUGUGUCGGCAGAUCAGUCGGUUCCUGUGUAGAUCACAGUGUUUACAGCUCCAAUCACUGAAAAGGGCCCAAUCUUCGGUCUACAUCUACCCACAAAAUUUAGAAAGCGGAUUGGGGUUUUGUGGUAUAUAUCCAGAAUCGAGUGCUAUCAAUAGUUGGGUAAAUAGUUCAUACAAUGGCAGCAAGUACGAUCAGAAAGGCAAUUGGGGCAGUGAAGGACCAAACAAGCAUAAGCAUAGCCAAGGUGGCCGGCAAUGUUGCACCUGACCUUGAGGUCUUGAUUGUAAAAGCCACAACCCACGAUAACGAGCCUGCAGAUGAGAAAUAUUUAAGGGAGAUAUUGAAUUUGACGUCUUAUUCAAGAGGGUAUGUGAACGCCUGUGUUACUGCAAUUUCAAAGAGAUUGAGCAAAACCCAUGAUUGGAUUGUGGCGUUGAAGGCCUUGAUGUUGGUCCAUAGGCUGCUGAGUGAUGGGGACCCAAUUUUUGGACAGGAGAUAAUGUAUGCCAGUCGGAAGGGGACAAGAGUUCUAAACAUGUCAGAUUUUCGAGAUGAGGCUCACUCGAAUUCGUGGGACCACUCAGGGUUCGUGAAGAGCUAUGCACGUUAUCUGGAUCAAAAGCUUGAGUUUAUGGUGUAUGAGACGAAAUUGAAUGGUGAUGAUGACAACAAAAAGAGUUAUCAGGAUGAGUAUGGAGAGUUCAGGGAUGAUCGUGAUUUUGGGAUGAAUAGGUCAAUGUCUUAUGGUGAUCUAAAAGGCCCAACAAAGGAAGUGACACCUGUUAGGGAAAUGAAACCUGAGAGAAUUUUGGAGAGGCUCAAUCAAUUGCUUAGGCUUCUUGAUCGUUUAUUAGCUUGUAGACCAACAGGCUCUGCAAAGAACAGCAGAAUGGUGAUCAUAGCUCUAUACCUGCUUGUGAAGGAGAGUUUUAAACAUUACACUGAUAUAUGUGAGGUGUUGGGAAUUUUGUUAGAUCGAUUUUUGGAAAUGGAAUAUGUUGAGUGUGUUAAGGCUUUUGAUGGUUAUGUAAAUGCGGCAAAGAUGAUUGAUGAACUUGCUGGCUUUUAUAAUUGGUGCAAGGAUACAGGAGUUGUGAGGUCAUCAGAAUUCCCGGAAGUGCAGAAAAUUACUGACAAGCUUUUGGGGACACUUGAAGGGUUUUUAAGGGAAAAGGCAAAUAGGCCAAACAGCCCUGAGAAAAGCAGGAAAGCUACUAUUUCUCAAAUUAAAGAUGACAAUGCACCGAACAUGAAUGAAAUAAAAGCACUUCCUCCACCAGAGGACUACAGUCCUCCUCUUGCACCAGAGCCCCAACCUGUACCACAGACUCAUCAAGUAACUGAGGAACUGGUGAAUUUGAAGGAUGAUGGGGCAUCGGCUGAUGAACAAGGCAACAAAUUGGCUUUGGCUUUGUUUUCUGGACCUGCUGCUAAAAAUCCAAAUGGUGCAUGGGAAAUAUUCCCGACAGAUGGAGAGCAUGAAGUGACUUCAGCAUGGCAGAAUCCAGCUGCUGAGAGUGGUAUAGCCAACUGGGAAUCAACCUUGGUCGAGUCAGCUAGCAAUUUAGCAAAACAGAAGGCUGAUUUAGCAGGAGGUUUUGAUUCACUCUUGUUGACUGGUAUGUAUGAUCAGGGGACAGUGACGCAGCAUGUAAAUAUUUCUCAACUGAGCAGUGGGAGUGCAAGUAGUGUGUCAUUGCCUGUGACAGGCAAAAGUGCGACACCUAUCUUGGCAUUGCCUGCUCCUGACGGAACAGUCCAACCAGUCGGGCAACAAGAUCCGUUUGCAGCAUCUCUAUCUGUGCCACCGCCAUCCUAUGCUCAAAUUGCAGAUAUAGAUAGGAAACAGCAACUGCUCACACAGGAGCAGCAGAUUUGGCAGCAAUACGCGAGUAAUGGGAUGCAAGGCCAAUUGGGCUUGGCCAAAGUUGCUGGCACUGCUGGUUAUUAUGGUGCCGGAAUGCAAUCCAUGAUGUCUUAUGGAAUGCCGCAAGUAACGGGCUUGGGUCAACCUGGGGGUUAUUACUCACCAUUCUAAGUCGAUUCUCAAUAAUGUUCAUAUCCAAGCCCCUGCCUUUCUUAUUUCAUAUGGUAUCAUCUACUGUGCUACAUUUUGCCUUUUCCUUGACAAUUUUGCAAAAUAAGAAUGAAAUCAGGAUAAAGAGAUUAUCAUGCUAUACGUGAAUAUUGCUUUUGAAUGCUUUGUUUCGUAUCGUAUGUAAAAGAUCAAAAAGAGUAUGUUAGAAUUAUUCGAAUUAUAUUUUUAUCAGCAUUUUCAAGAGACUAUUUAAACAUGAGAUAUUUUUUCAAUUAGUCUAUAUGAGUACAGGAAAUACCC